AUGAGUGCUGUCAACUCAAGCGCUCGGGAGACGCUACAGCCUUCCUCCCAGCCAAGAGACCAACUCGUGCUCCAGGUUGAAAACGUGGCUCUAUCCGGAAGGCUGCUCUCCAUCGAGAUUUAUGAAGUUCAGAACGCCGCAACCUCCCGAACUACGGGCACGCCGUCGUCUUCACUCCGAUCGACGCCGCUGCCUUCAACGCCUCUAACUCCGUCACGGACCGCCGGGUUCCGAGUUGCAGCUCGAGAUGACGUCGAAAACGAGUACUCGCUGUUUGUUACCCGACAGAAAGCAGAGUAUUUGUAUCGAGCCGCGUACCCAGUCGAAGCUGCAGCCACCGAGGUGAUCAGCCUGGAGGCGAUGGCAAAUGGGAUCCUCGGUCAUUUAAACAUCAUCGGCAACCGACAGCGAGACGUUGGGAGGUUGGUAUGCCGAGAACCGGAGCCUCACGUCGAGAAGAAGACGCGCGUGUUACCAGCCACCACGCCGCCUGAAAAGCAGCGGAACCCGCACUUGCCCUCCAAGCGUCAGGAUCAACGCGCCGUUCGAGUGCAGAAGACCUCAAAGCGUACGAUGGAGGCGGUCGCAAAGGCAAUGCGACGACACGAGCAGGACGCGAGUGGAGACGAUGAAAGUGCUGGGAGUGAAGCUGAGUCGGGAAAAAUGGAUCGGAAAAGUAGCGAGGGGAGCAUUCUACAUCGCAUGGCAGUCGCCGACUCCAAGACGGUGUGGAAGUCCAAACUUGAAACAAACUACGAAGAGACUGAGCAUGCCCUGCCCUUGUAUGAAGAAGACGACAAGGACAUCAACGCCUACAGGGUUCAACCAUACACUUUGGCCCCAGGGUUAUCACCCGUCAAGAGGGCUCUCCCAGAGCGAAAGACGAAGCACAAGGACCUUGAAGACCGUCGCCAAAAGGGGCGCCAACAGCGCAUUCGAGUGCAGGCUGCCCAAGAUAUCUCACCACGUACUCCGAGUUCACUUCAAGUGCAGAACUCUUAC